AACCAAGCGGAGCCCUGUGAUUCCCAGGGCUUGACAGCAGGCUUGGGAGAAAAGGAAACAUUCAUCAAACAGCUUGCCAGUCCCUUUGGCCACAGAAGAUGUCAUCUCAAACCAAGUUCAAGAAAGACAAAGAGAUCAUUGCUGAGUAUGAAGCUCAAAUAAAAGAGAUCCGCACGCAGCUGGUGGAGCAAUUCAAGUGCCUGGAGCAGCAAUCUGAGUCUAGGCUGCAGCUACUUCAAGACCUCCAGGAGUUUUUCCGCAGGAAAGCAGAGAUUGAGCUCGAGUAUUCCCGCAGCCUGGAAAAGCUGGCCGAGCGCUUCUCCUCCAAAAUCCGCAGCUCCCGGGAGCACCAGUUCAAGAAGGACCAGUACCUUCUAUCACCUGUGAAUUGUUGGUACCUGGUGCUGCAUCAGACAAGGAGAGAGAGCCGGGACCACGCCACCCUCAAUGACAUCUUCAUGAACAAUGUCAUCGUCCGCCUCUCCCAGAUCAGCGAGGAUGUCAUCCGGCUCUUCAAAAAGAGCAAGGAGAUUGGCCUGCAGAUGCACGAGGAGCUCCUGAAGGUCACCAAUGAACUCUACACGGUCAUGAAAACUUACCACAUGUACCAUGCAGAAAGCAUCAGCGCCGAAAGCAAGCUGAAGGAGGCUGAGAAGCAGGAGGAGAAGCAGUUCAACAAGUCAGGAGAUCUCAGCAUGAACCUGCUACGGCAUGAGGACCGGCCCCAGCGUCGCAGUUCUGUGAAGAAGAUUGAGAAGAUGAAGGAGAAGAGGCAGGCAAAGUAUUCUGAGAACAAGCUGAAAUGCACGAAGGCCCGGAAUGACUACUUGCUGAAUCUGGCAGCCACCAAUGCAGCUAUAAGCAAAUACUACAUCCAUGAUGUCUCAGAUCUAAUUGACUGUUGUGACUUGGGCUUUCAUGCCAGCCUGGCCCGCACCUUCCGGACCUACCUCUCAGCUGAAUACAACCUGGAGACCUCACGCCAUGAGGGUCUGGAUGUCAUUGAGAAUGCAGUGGACAACCUGGACUCCAGAAGCGACAAGCACACAGUCAUGGACAUGUAUAACCAGGUCUUCUGCCCACCGCUCAAGUUUGAGUUCCAGCCCCACAUGGGGGAUGAGGUGUGCCAAGUCAGUGCUCAGCAGCCCGUCCAGACGGAAUUGUUAAUGCGGUACCACCAACUGCAGUCCAGACUGGCCACACUCAAGAUAGAAAAUGAGGAGGUUAGAAAAACCCUAGAUGCCACCAUGCAGACCUUACAAGACAUGCUGACAGUGGAGGACUUUGAUGUUUCUGAUGCCUUCCAACACAGUCGAUCUACAGAGUCCAUAAAGUCUGCUGCUUCUGAGACCUACAUGAGCAAGAUCAACAUUGCCAAAAGGAGAGCCAAUCAGCAGGAAACAGAGAUGUUUUAUUUUACAAAGUUUAAAGAAUAUGUAAAUGGUAGUAACCUCAUCACAAAGCUACAGGCCAAGCACGACCUACUCAAGCAGACCCUCGGUGAAGGAGAAAGAGCAGAAUGUGGCACCACCAGGCCCCCCUGCCUUCCCCCUAAACCACAAAAAAUGAGGAGACCUAGGCCUCUCUCAGUGUAUAGCCAUAAGCUCUUUAACGGCAGUAUGGAAACGUUCAUUAAGGACUCAGGACAAGCUAUACCACUUGUGGUUGAGAGCUGCAUUCGCUACAUCAAUUUAUAUGGACUCCAGCAGCAGGGAAUCUUCAGAGUGCCAGGAUCUCAAGUGGAAGUCAAUGACAUAAAAAAUUCCUUUGAGAGAGGUGAAGACCCCCUUGUGGAUGAUCAAAAUGAACGAGACAUCAAUUCAGUCGCUGGUGUUUUAAAACUGUAUUUCCGAGGACUGGAAAACCCACUCUUUCCUAAGGAAAGGUUUCAAGAUUUGAUAUCUACUAUUAAACUGGAGACCCCAGUUGAGAGGGUGCACCAGAUCCAGCAAAUCCUCAUCACCCUGCCCCGCGUGGUCAUCGUGGUCAUGAGAUACCUCUUCGCCUUCCUCAACCACCUCUCCCAGUAUAGCGACGAGAACAUGAUGGAUCCCUACAACCUGGCCAUCUGCUUCGGCCCCACUCUCAUGCACAUCCCUGAUGGGCAGGACCCUGUGUCCUGCCAGGCACACGUCAAUGAAGUCAUCAAAACCAUCAUCAUCCAUCAUGAAGCCAUCUUCCCCAGUCCCCGGGAACUAGAGGGGCCUGUGUAUGAAAAAUGCAUGGCUGGAGGGGAAGAAUAUUGUGACAGCCCACACAGUGAGCCAGGGACCAUCGAUGAAGUUGACCAUGACAAUGGCACUGAGCCUCAUACCAGCGAUGAAGAAGUGGAACAGAUCGAGGCCAUCGCCAAGUUUGACUACGUGGGGCGGUCUCCCCGGGAGUUGUCCUUCAAGAAGGGGGCCUCUCUGCUACUGUACCACCGUGCGUCAGAGGACUGGUGGGAGGGUCGACACAACGGCGUGGAUGGACUCAUCCCACAUCAGUACAUAGUUGUACAGGACAUGGACGAUGCCUUCUCAGACAGCCUGAGCCAAAAGGCUGACAGCGAAGCCAGCAGUGGGCCACUACUGGACGACAAGGCUUCCUCCAAAAACGACCUCCAGUCCCCCACAGAACACAUCACGGACUACAGCUUUGGGGGGGUAAUGGGCCGAGUGCGGCUGCGAUCCGAUGGAGCUGCCAUCCCCAGGCGCCGAAGCGGGGGCGACACGCACAGCCCACCUCGAGGCCUGGGUCCCAGCAUAGACACACCACCCCGGGCUGCCGCCUGCCCCAGCAGUCCCCACAAAGUUCCCCUGGCCCGAGGAAGGAUUGAGAGCCCCGAGAAGCGGCGGAUGGCCACGUUUGGGAGCGCCGGCAGCAUCAACUACCCCGACCAGAAGGCGCUGUCUGAGGGACACUCGAUGAGGUCCACGUGUGGCUCCACCAGGCACAGCAGCCUGGGGGACCACAAGUCCCUGGAGGCGGAGGCCCUGGCAGAAGACAUCGAGAAGACCAUGAGCACCGCUCUGCACGAGUUGCGGGAACUUGAGAGGCAGAACACAGCCAAGCAGGCACCAGAUGUGGUGCUGGACACCCUGGAGCCACUAAAGAACCCGCCAGGCCCCAUCAACUCGGAGCCGGCCAGCCCCCUGCACACCAUAGUCAUCCGUGACCCCGACGCCGCCAUGCGCCGCAGCAGCAGCUCCUCCACGGAAAUGAUGACCACUUUCAAGCCUGCCCUGUCCGCCCGCCUAGCUGGUGCCCAGCUGCGCCCGCCCCCCAUGCGGCCCGUGCGGCCUGUGGUCCAGCACCGGUCCAGCAGCAGCAGCAGCUCGGGCAUGGGCAGCCCCGCUGUGACACCCACGGAGAAGAUGUUCCCCAACAGCUCGGCGGACAAGUCGGGCACCAUGUGA